GCAUAGUCCAAACACACGUACUUCAAGGAAAGACAAAAACAUAGCACACCUAUUGUGUGUUAUAGUUCAGGAAAAAAAUAGGGUGUCUAUUUAAUCCAGCAUAAUCAUGACAACUAUAACUAAGAAAUCUGUGAAGAAAAUGUUACCUAAGACAUAUAAACACAGAAAAGUGGUUUUGGCAGAGAUCAUAACUGUCCUGUCCCAGUACAAGUACCUGGAACCAGUGCUAGACAGAUUUGUUUACACUGAUGGCACUGUGAAACAAUUGAUAAGCUUGGUAGGAACCAUCCAAGUGGUGUGCCAAGGGAAGCAUUAUAACACCCCAGUAUGUAUAUGGUUGGAACAAAGCUAUCCCUGCACUGCUCCAAUCUGCUAUGUACAUCCCACCAAAGAGAUGAUGGUUAUUUCAAGCAGCUAUAUGAAUAAUAAUGGGCAGGUUUUACUACCCUAUUUGGACGAAUGGACACAUCCUGAGUAUGACCUCAUUAGCCUGAUUCAAGUGAUGAUUGCUGUCUUUAGUGAGACACCUCCUUUGUGUAUGCGGCCCAAGGCAGAUAAAAGUUCGGAACAAAAGGCCCUAACAAAUUCACAGGCAUACUCAGUGGCAGAGAACUGUGUGGCACUGUUGAGAGAGGAUGGGCUUCCUUUCCAAGGAAACAAUGAAACCAACUGUUGA